AUGGGAAAUCGGCAGAUACGUCGUCAUAAAAAUCGUAUUGAAUCUUUGCAGCAACCCAGUGUUAUUCCCAAUUUGACAGAUAUUAAUGAUUUCCAUGUCGAAAAUGUUUUUAUUAUUUGGUUAGAAAUACCCAUCAACAAUCGCAUCGAUCACGAUGAUUCUGUACAAUUACGACAACGUUUGCGUCGUGUAUUUCCUCAUAUUCAAUCAUUCUGUAAUUUUCAAAAAUGUCUUAAUCAUAUAAUGGAUACAAAAUUAACUGAUGAUCAAAGAUUUAUUUUGAUUUUCAGUGGUUCAAUAAUUCGGAGUCGUGUCAUGUCUUUCUAUAAUAUACCAUCCGUUGCGUUUAUCUAUUUUUGUAGAUAUUCUGAAAAUCAUUUAUCUUAUAAUUGGAUCCAUAAUAACAAUGACAAAAUCCGUGGCGUUUUCAAUAAAACUGAUUUAUUAUAUGAUCAGUUGUUAAAAGGGUUCUAUGGAAAUUCGACAAUAGGAAUUUCGCCAACUGAAUUUGGACAGUGUCCAAAUUACGAUAGAAUUUCGACAAUUGUCCAAAUUCUACCGGAGGUUCGACAAAAUUGUCGAAUUUACAGCGUCGUCCAAAU